AUGGCUUCAUCUAGCUCUUACAAUUCUCCCUGUGCUGCCUGCAAGUUCUUGAGGAGGAAAUGCAUGCCAGGUUGCAUUUUUGCGCCUUACUUCCCACCCGAAGAGCCCCAAAAAUUCGCCAAUGUUCACAAGAUCUUCGGCGCCAGCAAUGUGACUAAGCUCCUCAAUGAGCUCCUUCCUCAUCAAAGAGAGGACGCAGUGAAUUCCCUAGCAUACGAAGCCGAGGCACGAGUUAGGGAUCCGGUGUAUGGUUGUGUUGGCGCCAUCUCCUUCCUCCAACGACAGGUGGAGCGGCUUCAGAAGGAUCUCGAUGCAGCUAAUGCCGAUUUGAUUCGCUAUGCCUGCAAUGAGAUCCCCACGCCGUCAUUGCCAGCACUCCCCGGAGUGAGUUUUAGGCCAGUUGAGUUAAGCAGAAGGAUGGGAAAUGAAGGAGGUGGUAGUGGAGGUGGAGGUGGAGGUGGACAUUAUUAUCAAACACCUUCUUUCACAUAUCCUCAUUCUCUUCCAUGGAACGACAACCCUUCUGGGGAUAUGAAUGAUGGAGAUGGAGGAGAAAGAAAUCUUUGAAUUUAAAGAGGCAUUCUCCCAUCCAAGGUUUGUUUCUCUUUGGGGCAUAUAUGAUGAACUGCAGAAGCUACUCUAAGAUGGUAUGGUCAUGGUCAUGUGUUAAUUAUAUAUAUAUAUAUAUAUAUAUAUAUAUAUAUAUAUAUAUAUUGAUGAGUCGUGGAUGGUUUCUAGGCUAGCUAGCCUUAUCACAUGGACCUAGCUAAUUUAUAGCUAGACCAUGAUCAGUUUGUGUGUUUUAUAUAAUCAUAUGAUGUUUUUAGUAGUAUUUAUAUAUGCUGCUAAAAACCAAGACUUUGAGUAUAUUUUCAGUGAUUGCUGUGUGUUCAGGACCUAAGUAAUUAAGGCUUAGAUCAAGCAUGGUUAGACUGUGGCUUCUACUUGAUUGUUAGUUGCCUGUGUCACUAAGACUCUAGAGAAAAGUUCCUAUUCU